UCCAAAAUGGACCGUGUGGGAUUCGCUGUUUUGAUGGUUUUGGCUGUUGCACUGCUGCGAAUUGGUGACAGUCACAAGGACACAACAGGUGGGAAGAAAGAGGGUGCAGUCGCCGGGCGCAGUCAGCAGUCCCGGGUGAGGAGUCAAGGUCACUCGCCAUGGAGACCAGAGCACGGCGCAUCCUCUGGACCAUCCGGUGAAAGUUCUCCCGGGACCGACACGGUUAGGACUCGAUUCCGAGUGCCGAGGGCCACAUCAUCCCAGGGGGACGGCAGGCACAUAUCCAGAGCAGGGCCGGCUCGUGCUGCAGACGCAUCCCGGGAAAUCCUCGUCUCUCCGCCGCGGGAUGGUGCGCUGCGCACCGCCAGACACCCGAGCAGCCAGCAGCACAGAACCAGAGUGAACCUCAGGCAGAGCAGCAAGCCCAACUCUGCCAGCACGAGGAGACUUGCUGGACCUAAUGUCUGUGGGGGUCAGCAGUGCUGCUCAGGCUGGGCUUUGGCAUCAGGAACCAAUCGCUGCAUAAAACCUGACUGCCAGCCCCCCUGCCAGAACCGUGGCUCCUGCAGCCGGCCACAGACCUGUGUGUGUCGCUCAGGCUUCCAGGGGCCCCGCUGUGAGGAGGUGACUCCAGAGCAGGUGUACAUCCGUGAUGGAGGCGCCCUGAAGCGCGUUCAACCGGGGACCAACCCUUUCCAGAAAGACCAACCACGGAGAAGGCCCUCGGAAAGGCAGGCCAUCGAUACCACCAAGGUCCAGACCCCACGACCUGCGACCCCCAGACAGCCUGUGACCCAAGUGAGACGGGGACCCCCUGACUCCUCCCCUCAACAGACUGGGACCUCCCGCACUGUGAAACGUUAUCCAUCAUCCUCUGGGCCUAUAACGUCCAACGCUCUACCAAAUGGCAACGGCCACGGCAGUGAACACAGGAACUGGCAUGGACACAGAAAUGGGCAUCGCAACGGGCACUUCACGCACAGGCCGAGCAGCGACAGCCAGCUGCACGGGAAGUUCAACAAUGCAUUAUCACCUGCAGGGGCAAACCUCACCUCCAACUUGGACCGCAUUAAGAUCGUCUUCACGCCCAUGCUGUGCCGCCGGGUGUGCAGCGGCGGGCACUGCUACAACAGCUGUGAGAAGGGCGACAUCACCACGGUCUACAGCGAGAACUCGCAGCAGCAACAGAAACAGCAGCAGCAGCAGCAGCAGCAGCAGCGUCAGCCGCCAAAGAACCAGGGCUUUCGACUCUUCUUUUGUCAGAUACCCUGUCUUAAUGGAGGCCGAUGCAUCGGCAGGGACCUGUGCUGGUGUCCAUCAAAUUCAACAGGAAAGUUUUGUCACCUGCCAGCCCCGCCUCCUGCCAGACCCACCCCUCACAACAAGGAUGCCAGCCACCAGGAACCAAAAUCUCCCCUCCACUCCAUGUACACUCUACCACUGUCCAAUCAGCAAGUGUCUCUCCAUCCAUCCUUGGUGAACGUCCACAUUCAGCACCCUCCAGAUGCUGAAGUCCAGAUCCACCAAGUAGCUUGGGUCCAGCCAGGACAGAGACCCGGCCACCGCAGAUGGGGGCUCAACUCGGUCCAGCAGCGCUCCCAGCCUGGGAAUGGAAUGAACCCCACCAAUGACCAUAGCAGCAGGCACCCACACACCAGUGGAAAGAGGAAUAACCAAGCCAGAACGCACAACCAUCAGAACGGACAUGUUGGGAGAUGCUUUCAAGAGACAGUUGAUGGACAGUGUGGCAAGCCUCUGCCAGGCCUAACCAAACAGGAUGAUUGCUGUGGAAGUGUGGGCGCCUCCUGGGGUCUCAACAAGUGCCAAAAGUGUCCAACCAAACCAGCAUAUGCAGUGAUUACGAAUGGACAAGUGGAAUGUCCCAAAGGUUUUAAACGGAUGAAUCUCACUCACUGUCAAGACAUCAACGAGUGCCUGUUGCCGGGGCUCUGUAAGAAUGCUGAAUGUCUCAACACCAAAGGAAGCUACAGGUGCACGUGUAAACUGGGCUUCUUGUUGGAUACUGACAGGAGCCAUUGUGUCUCGGACAAGGCUGUGUCUGAUCAGAGGGCAUUCUGCUACCGAUCGGUGUCAGCAGGCACAUGCUCCCUGCCGCUUGCUCAACACAUCACCAAGCAGAUCUGCUGCUGCAGCCGCGUGGGCAAAGCCUGGGGCCCUGGGUGUGAUCGCUGUCCUUUGCAUGGAUCAGACCAUUUCAAGGAGAUCUGCCCAGCUGGUCAUGGAUACACCUACUCACGCUCUGAUGUACAGAUUUCUGUGAGACAGCUGGAGGAAGAAGAUCUGCAGAGCACAGGAGUGUCACGGGAGGAGCAAAGCCCCACUUUCCCUCAUCCUCCAUCCUCUCUCCCCUGGCUGCCCCAGCCACCACAAGUGCCCCCAUACCCCGAGUACCCUGAGACACCACAAGCACCCCGGUACCCUCUGACUCCUCUGCAGCCUCUCCAUCCCACUCACCCAGCCAAAGAGACACUUAUGCAGCCGGAAGAUGUGGAAAUUCUGAGUCCGCCAGCUGUUGUGACUGACUCACCACUGAAAUAUCCAGAGGCUUCUCCAGACUCCUCAAUCAUCAACCUGAGGCCAACUUCAAAGGACACAACCCAAACAGACUCAGCCACUGGUAUUGACAAGUGUGCCAAUGCCCCCGCCAUAUGUGGGCCUGGUAAAUGUGUUCCUGUGCAGACCGGCUACACCUGCCACUGCGAGCCAGGGUUCAAGCUCAGUGCACUGCAGACCAACUGCAUUGAUGUGGAUGAAUGUGACGAGGAUCCGUGUGAAGGGAAGGGCCGCUGUUUAAACAGCUAUGGCUCCUAUACCUGUCAAUGCCACAGCGGCUACAGCCAGGUGAUCACUCAGAACAGGAAGUUCUGUCAAGACAUUAAUGAGUGCAGCAUGCCCAACAAGUGCCAGAAUGGCAAAUGCGUCAACACAGAAGGAUCUUACACCUGUGAAUGCAGCAGUGGCUACGCCAAGUCUUGGAGAGGCCAAUGCGAAGAUGUAGAUGAGUGCAGAGAUCCCAGCUCCUGUCCCAACGGUGUCUGCGUCAACACUCUUGGCUCCUUCCAGUGCCAGGCCUGUGGCCCGGGGUACAGGCCAGUUGAUGAAAGAUGUGUGGAUGUAAACGAGUGCUUCAACCAAACAGUGUGCGGUCGUGGUAGGUGUGUCAACACAGAGGGCUUCUAUAGGUGCAACUGUUUCCAAGGAUACAAACUCUCACCAGACAAUGUUUGCCAAGAUGUGGAUGAGUGUGAGCUCCCUGGAGUUUGUCUACACGGCCGCUGUGUAAAUUUGGACGGCACCCACAAAUGCACCUGUAACCAUGGUUACCAAGUCACCUCAGACAGCAAAGCCUGUGAAGAUGUCAACGAGUGCGCAACUGUUAACGUGUGCCCUGCGGGAAUUUGCAUCAACGCAGCAGGUUCAUACACUUGCCAGAACUGCAGGCCUGGGUUUGGUCCGUCAGCUGAUGGACUCAGAUGUGAAGAUAUGAAUGAGUGUGCCCAGGGGGAUCUGUGUCUUGGUGGAGUGUGUGCCAACACGGAGGGGUCCUACACCUGUACCAGAUGUAAGGCUGGCUACAGAGUGUCUCAAGACCGGCAGAGGUGUGAAGAUGUUGACGAGUGCCAGUCCCUGUCUACCUGUGCCAACGGGAUAUGUCUGAACUCAGAAGGCUCUUACAUAUGUGAGAACUGCCCUACAGGGUACAGAGUAUCUUAUGACGGGGAGCUCUGUGAAGAUAUUGAUGAGUGUGCGCUGCCCACUACAUGCCCGAAGGGAACAUGUACGAACACGGAGGGUUCCUUCACAUGUAUCGUCUGUCAACCUGGUUUUAGAGUCUCUGACGAGGGACAACACUGUGAUGAUGUAGAUGAGUGCUUGGUGGCGAACAGGUGCCCGAGUCAGCUGUGCUUGAACACCCCAGGAUCCUACACCUGCAGGAGCUGUGGAGCUGGUCUGCGACUGUCUCAGGACGGCUACAGUUGUGAGGACAUUGACGAGUGCCAGAGGCCAGGUGUAUGCCCCACGGGUGUUUGCACCAACACAGAGGGCUCCUUUGCCUGCAUGGCCUGUGACCCAGGCUUCACAGUGGCUCCCAACGGGCUCUCAUGUGAAGAUGAGAAUGAGUGUGAGGACCCCGGCCUCUGUGUGGGAGGCCAGUGCACCAACAUCAUCGGUUCCUAUAACUGCCUCUGCCCUGCUGGUCUAGAGAUGGUGGAUGGGACGUCUUGCAGAGAUAUCAAUGAGUGUUUAACCAUCGUGGGAAUCUGCGGAGAAGCUGACUGUCUGAACACUAAGGGCUCCUAUAUAUGCAUCUGUCCUAAUGGAUAUACCACCAUCGAUGGAAGGACUGGCUGCCAAGAUGUGGAUGAAUGCAGUAAAGACAAUGUGUGCAUCCGGGGUGAGUGUCUGAACACUGAUGGCUCUUUCAUGUGCUUGUGUGAGGCGGGCUUCAAGUUCAACGCUGACACGGCUGACUGUGAAGACCAGAAUGAGUGUAAGGACUUUGGGGGCUCAGUGUGUGGUACCUGGCGCUGCGAAAACACCAUUGGCUCCUACCGGUGCUUCAUGGGCUGCCAACCUGGCAUAGAUGGAGAAGACACCACAGACUGUGAUAUUGACGAGUGUGUUAAUGAAACCAUCUGUGGGAACUACGGCUUCUGCGAGAACACAGACGGCUCUUUCCGCUGCCAGUGUGACCAAGGCUACACCAACCCGCCAGGAGACAUGAGCAAAUGUGUCGACGUGAACGAGUGCGAGAUGAGCUUGGCGCUGUGCGGGGAGGCCCUGUGUGAGAACUUCGAUGGCAGCUUCCUGUGCAUCUGCCCCAACGACAAUGAGGAAUUUGAUCCCAUCACCAGCCAGUGCCGCUCCCUGGCUGAUGUGGAUCCGACAUCCGCUGCUCGAGUCCCUCCGUCUGCUCCCUCCACUGAGGAGAGGAAAGAGUGCUACUAUAACUUGAAUGACGCCAACUUCUGUGACAACGUCCUGUCUCGCAACACCACCAAGCAGGAGUGCUGCUGCACGGUGGGGGCCGGCUGGGGGGACGACUGCGAGAUCCACGCCUGUCCUCUCCAAGGAAGAGAUGAUUAUAACCAGCUGUGCCCGCAUGGCAGUGGAUUAUUACCGCUGCCUGUUCCCUCUACACAAAAUCUGGGAGAACAGCGCCCUUACAUAGAUGCAAACGAGUGUGAGAUGUUUGGAUCAGAUAUCUGUAAGAAUGGACAGUGUUCAAAUCUCUUUUCUACUUAUACCUGCUACUGCCGCUCUGGCUUCUACUAUGACAACAUCCGGCUUGAGUGUGUGGAUUACGAUGAGUGUGGGUUUGGAAACGCCUGUGAAGAUGGAGAGUGUGUUAACACGGCCGGGUCUUUCAACUGUUUCUGCAGUCCUCCACUAGUCCUGGACAGCACACACCAGCGCUGCAUCGGCCUCAACGCCACAGAAGAAACUCUCGAGCCAGGUCACGAUGUGCACAUGGAUAUUUGCUGGCAGCAUCUUGAGGGGGACAACAUCUGCUCACAACCCUUGCAGGGACGCAGAAGUACAUACACCGAAUGCUGCUGCCUGUGGGGCAUCGCCUGGAGCGGACAGUGUGCCUUCUGUCCCAGGAAAGACUCUGAUGACUACGCAGUGAUGUGCAACCUUCCUCGGAGAGGAGAAACAGACAGUCUGCGAGAGAGGCCGGGAUAUGAGUACGGUCUUGAGGGCCCAGAGGAGCCUUUUGUUCCUCCGUACUGGGACAGUUAUGGCGGCCCUGCAGGACCCUAUGACAUUCCUGAUGGCAUUCCUCUCUUUAAUGACAAUGACUACAGCGUUCAACAGCCACCUUCCCGUGUUCCUAUUCCACGACCACGAGAGCAGCAGCCACGGCCAGUGGAUUCCUAUGCUGAUCGCUACGAUGGCUUUGAGGGUCUCCGGGCGGAGGAAUGCGGAAUUCUGAACGGGUGUGAAAACGGUCGCUGCGUUCGUGUGCGAGAGGGCUACACCUGUGACUGCUUCGACGGCUACGAACUUGACCUGAACAAGAUGGCCUGUCUAGACAUAAACGAGUGUGAGGACAUCAGCGACAAGGUGCCCUUGUGUCAGAACGGGCAGUGCACAAACACAGAGGGGUCGUAUAAGUGCACCUGUUUGCCAGGCUUCCUGGCCUCCGCAGAGCCACACAAAUGCAUCCCAGAGAUCCCAGCGAUCCCAGAGAUCCCAGAGUCUGGGCUUGUGGAGACAGGAAACUGAGACAGACUGCUGGCUUUUCCUGCUCCCUCAAAGAUCACCUUACACCCUAUGCCCUCUUCCCAAGGGGCCUGGCACUAAACCUCCAACAGCAACGCUUAGACAUCCAAACUUGUUUCCCUACAUGCACACACACACACACACACACACACACACACACACACACACACACACACACACACACACACACACACACACACACACACACACACACAUUCAAACCCCCUCAUACAUUCAAGAGGACCAGGAAUGGUGCAGUAAAUGUAUUACAUGGGAUUUAGUAUUCACCAGAUAUCCAUUUGCCUUAAAGGGAUUUUGUGGACUGAUCUUUUUUACUCAGUAACCCCGGGCAAUUUGAUAUGCAGAUAUAUUUUCCACAUUAUCUUCUCUGUCACUUUUCUUUGUUGUGUUAUUUAUUUCAUUUGCAUGACGGGCCUCUGCAAACAUAGAAAGCGACCUAUUUCAGAGGGCAUACUUGAUUCCUCUUGUUUUAUUUGUUUCAAUAAUUGACCUCAGAGACAGCGUGGGGAGAUAACAAAUGUCUUUUGUAGAAGAAGGAAUGCCUUAAGAAAUCAGCCACUCAUAAAUCAGUGUGUGCCUCAGUGUCAAACCUCUCACCAAUUGUCUCACUCAGUCAUGUUAUUAACAUUGGCCUUGGACUAAAUGGACGCCAGGUUUGAUAAACAUCAGAAAUUCAAAGAACUUUACCCACAACCGCCUUUCUAUUCUUCAAGAUUAACCACAAGCUGAAGAAUCUCCGGACCAGGAAGUGAGAAGUGAACACAGACCAACUAACACAUUUCAAAGUCAGCCUUUACUUGGACUUGGAAAGACUGUAGAUGUAUAUGAUGAUCUUUGUAAUGUUUUUUUUUUUGUUUAAAGGUGCAAUAUGUAGAACCUGUUUGACACCAUUUUUACUAUCUUUAAACCCGCUAUUAAGUAGGGAAACAUGGACUCAGUUGCUGAUCCCGACAGUACUACAUGUUUUAUACUUUAACACGUUUUGACUUAUCAAAGUUUGUUUCCAGGCUACAUUCUGGUUUAACUUCUGAAACCACAGGUUGAAAUUAUCCUCAAAUAUUACAGCCUUUAUGUACCAGUGUCACACCGGCAAAAGGAUCCAGAACUCACAUCAGACCGUUCCCAUGUUUGCAUCUCUGAAUGCAUGUGAAGACACAGGCUUCGUUGGAGAGGUUUGGUAUAUUUUGUACAGAUCUAGUACUAUGUAUUAUUUUUGUUACAUAUUCUCUUAAUGCAUUAUAGCACAACCAAUAUUUUGUUUGACAUAAAACAUAAAAUGUAAGAAAAAUCUGGCAUUAUAGCUUUGUAGAUUUAUAAAUGUCUGUAAAAAUGUUGUAAGCAUAUCUUUUUAUGUAUGAGGAGAGUGGCUGACACUGUACCAGAGGAACUGUGUGUAUACCCUGCCCUGUGGCGCAGACAAUGAAAUAUAUUUUUUGGAAGUGGCAGCACUGUUCUAAUUACAGACAUUUUGUCUCUUCAAGUUCAUUACAAAGACAAUGCUUUUGAAAUACAAGCACCAACUUAUGUGUGUCACAACUUUAAGGCUAAAUAUUAGUAAUUGCGAACAUAAUUUCUCUUAGUCUUUGUUGGAUCCUAAUGUCAUGAAUGUAUUAUAGGCAGUAUUGGCCGACUCAUUUUGUUUCUCAACUCUCACUUAUACCUUUUUGUCUUUUAUAUUCAGGUUUAUUGGCAUUAUCUGUCUCAUGGAUUGAACUUCUCAGCAACGCAGAAACAUGUCUAAUUCCAACUUUGGACAACGACUAUAAGUUCAUGACUAAUAGCCUUAACAUCCAUUCAUAACCUAUUAACCUACUGUUGUACAAAUGUUUCCACUCGAUGUCCACUGUACUUUACCGUGCUGUUCAAAUUAUCGGCAAGUUGGGAUAUUUAAAGUCUUUCAAAACCGAAAAUAACUUGAGAUAAAUGUCUGGUUGUAAAGCUGUGGUCAUUGGAAAUAUCAUGUUCAUUCAUUUUGUUUACCUCUUGACUGUAAUCACUAUCAG